CGAGGUAAGCUGGUCUGCAACCUUUGUCCUCUCGUAAUUGAGAGAAACAUGGUCUGGUGAUAGAAAACCCAGGUGGGGGUUUUAUUCGGAAGAACAGAAAAGGGCCUGUCCCAUGACGCCAGACCAUAACUGUGCUCAUGGGCGGUCCUCUGAUUUAGUUCAACUCUGAAGGGAAUUGGAGUUUCCUUCAUUAAACAGUCCAAAAUCACAUUCCACAAUUUCACAAACAGUAUCAUCCUCACUCAUUCAUCUUAUACAACAAUUACAUGUACGCCUCAUAUCUGAGGCUAUGGUAUAAACAGCUUUAUGGUAAUGUGGCCGUAUUAUCUCCCGCGAGUUUCACAAAAUUGUACCAAACGGACCAGUUCGUAGCAGGAUUCUUAACCGAUCUUUUAUACCUUCUCCAGAACAUAAAUGUUGUUCGGACCUCAAGUUUUGUGAGGUGGAAGAAAUUCCUUAUUUCUCUCUAUGAAAACUCAUUCUCUCUAUAUACUGUGGCCAUGAGGAGAUAAUCUCCUCCAGGAAUUUACAACCUCUCUGACCACAGCAGCCUGGUUGUAGGAGACAGAGAGAGGGGGAUGGUGCUCGCUGUACCCAAAGAGGGCAACAUCAUGACACUAGUGAUAGACAACAUGCUAAUGAUAGACAACAUGCUAGUGAUAUAAAACAUGCUAGUGAUAGACAACAUGCUAGUGAUAGACAACAUGCUAGUGAUAGACAACAUGGCAGUGAUAGAUAACAUUCUAAUGACAGACAUAAUGCUAGUGAUAGACAACAUGCUAAUGAUAGACAACAUGAUAGUGAUUUACCACAUGCUAAUGGUAGACAACAUGCUAGUGAUAGACAACAUGCUAAUGGUAGUCAACAUGAUAGUGAUUUACAACAUGCUAAUGGUAGUCAACAUGCUAGUGAUAGACAACAUGCUAAUGAUAGUGAUAGAUAACAUUUAGAGACAGAAUACACACAACAGAGUUUACAUACAGUGUAUACAGCUAGGUAGAGUGAGCAUAGAGCUAUAAGAGAAUGAGCAUAUAUGUAAAUGUAUAGUGGCUUUACAGCUGAUCUUUCCUGUAAGCUUCCUUGUCCUGGAGUCUUAAAGGACCUCGAUGGAAUCAAAUCAAGUUGCUUUUGUCACAUGCUUCAUAAACAACAGGUGUAGACUAACAGUGAAAUGCUUAUUUACGGACCCUUUCCAACAACGCAGAGAUUGAACAUAGAGAAAUAAUACAAAAAUAGAAAAAUAAUAACACAAGGAAUAAAUACACAAUGAGUAACUUGGCUAUGUACACGGGGUACCAGUUCAUGGCUACAGACGUGAGUGCUACGGGUCGAUAGUUAUUUAGGCAGGUUACCUUGGUGUUCUGGGGCACAUGAACAGGGAAGGUGGUCUACUUGAAACAUGUAGGUAUUACUGACUCGGUCAGAGACAGGUUGAAAAUAUAAUAAGUGAAGACACUUGUCAGUUGGUAAGAGCAUGCUCUGAGUACACGUCCUGGUAAUCCGUCUAGGACUGCUUUAAAGUCACUGGCCACUAGGAGCGCCGCCUCUGAAUGAGCAUUUUCUUCUUUGAUUUUGGCCUUAUACAGCUCGUUGAGUGCAGUCUUAGUGCCAGCAUCGUUUGUGGUGGUGAAUAGACAGCUAACAAUAUGUCUUGGUAAACAGUGUGGUCUACAGCUUAUGGUGGUUAUGUCACACAUUUAAGACAAAUUUAUGAACCCUUAUAAAACAGGAUUUGUAACACCAUCAUGUGGUGGUUAUGAACCCUUUAGAAAACAGGAUUUGUAACACCAUCAUAUAGUGGUUAACAAGGCUUUAUAAAACAGGAUUUGUAACACCAUCAUAUAGUGGUUAACAAGGCUUUAGAAAACAGGAUUUGUAACACCAUCAUGUAGUGGUUAACAAGGCUUUAGAAAACAGGAUUUGUAACACCAUCAUGUGGUGGUUAUGAACCCUUUAUUAAACAGGAUUUGUAACACAUUCAUGUAGUGGUUAACAAGGCUUUAGAAAACAGGAUUUGUAACACCAUCAUGUAGUGGUUAACAAGGCUUUAGAAAACAGGAUUUGUAACACCAUCAUAUAGUGGUUAUGAACCCUUUAUAAAACAGGAUUUGUAACACAUUCAUGUAGUGGUUAACGAGGCUUUAUAGAGGCUUUAUAAGAUGCACUUCAUUUAAAGCAGAACUUUGUUUUUAUUUAACAUAUAUUGUAGGAAUAAAUUAUUAAUAAAUGGUGAGCAAACUCUUUAUAAAUGUCUUAGAAAUGGUUUAUUGACGGACAUUAAAGUGUUCCUGAGAAGUGAAAUGGUUUCAGGAAGUACUUAGUCAAACAGAAGGACUUCCGUGGCUCAGAGUAGACACACACACACACACGCACACACACGCACACACACUCAGAGUGGUUCUCAUACACACUGCAGGAGCAGACCUUCCUGUACUGGGGUGGUAACUGGACAUAGAAGUAUUGAGGGGACUGUAGUAAACAGGGUGUACAGGGUCUAAAGAGACUUGAACUAUCUGGGAGCCACAAGUCAUCAUGGUUAACCUGCUGGUCCUCACACUGAAGGUUGUCCUCCUCUUAGCUGCUGUGUGGAGUGUGUGUUCAGCAGAGUUGAUCACAGUGGAAGGAUAUGAGGGAGGCAAGGCAGAGAUCAGAUGCCCCUAUAGAGAGCAGUUGAGGAGCCACCAGAAGUACCUCUGUAAAGGGGAUUGUUCUGUUUUUAAUAAAGACAAAGUUAUUGAGACUGAGGCAGGGGAAAACAGUGCUUCUAAAGGGAGAUACUCGCUGAAGGACAACAGAGAGGAAAGUGUCUUCAUUGUGACCAUCACCAACCUGACGUUAAAUGAUGCUGGGAGAUACUGGUGUGGAGUGGACAAAUGGGGAAAAGAUAACUACAUUAAAGUGAACCUUGAAGUCUCUGAAGAUACAUCAGUGGUCAUCAUAGUAUCUGUGACUCUGGUCAUGCUGCUAUUGGUGCUUGUGGUCAGCCUGUUCAUAGUCUAUAGAUGGAAAUUCAACAAGGAAACAGCUGACUCCUCAGCACCCAGGGUGAACACAGACACUCGGAUCAACAUAGAGGGUUGUCAUGGUGAUGGUGACUAUGAGGAAAUAAAGGACCGCCCCCUACAGUCCAGUUCAGGUAGUGAGAUCACCACCAUCUACUCCACUGCCAACUUACCCACAAGCCCCUCUGACUGUCUCAACUACGCCAACAUCAACUUCCACAAGGACCCCUCUUCCAUCUGAUGUUUCCAUGACUUCUCUCUUCCUUCUGAUGUUUCCCUGACUUCUCUCUUCCAUCAGAUGUGUUUCCCAGACUUCUCUCAUCCAUCAGAUGUGUUUCCCUGACUUCUCUCUUCCAUCAGAUGUUUCCCUGACUUCUCUCUUCCAUCAGGUGUGUUUCCCUGACUUCUCUCCUCCAUCAGAAGUUUCCCUGACUUCUCUCGUCCAUCAGAUGUGUUUCCCAGACUUCUCUCUUCCAUCAGAUGUGUUUCCCUGACUUCUCUCUUCCAUCAUAUGUGUUUCCCUGACUUAUCUCCUCCAUCAGAUGUGUUUCCCUGACUUCUCUCUUCCAUCAAAUGUGUUUCCCUGACUUAUCUCUUCCAUCAGAUGUUUCCCUGACUUCUCUCGUCCAUCAGAUGUGUUUCCCAGACUUCUCUCUUCCAUCAGAUGUGUUUCCCUGACUUCUCUCUUCCAUCAGAUGUGUUUCCCUGACUUCUCUCUUCCAUCAGAUGUGUUUCCCUGACUUCUCUCUUCAACUUGUCUUAAUGUCACUUAAUUGCAUGUUUAUAUCUGCAGACAAAUAUUAUCUAUUAUUUGGCAAGCACUGAAAAAGGUAUCACAACUUUUUGACCAAGCCAGUAUAACUGUCAAUUUUUUUUUAAACACAUUUAUAAAUGAUUAAAUCACCAUGAAUUAUAUAAUUUUAGAGUCCUUAUGAAGGGUUUCUUCAUGUAAAGUUUGAUACAACCCAGUAAGCACUUACUGUACCUAGUUGCAGAACCAAGACAGGUGACGGAGAGUUCUCUAUCAAAGACCCUCAAUUAUGAAACAGCUUGCCCUGUCAAGUAAGAGUGGCAGACAUGAUUGAAGAUUUUAAAUCACUGUCAAAAACACACCUUUUAAAAUCACAGUUAACAAUGUACCUUUUAGCUUGGACAUUCUCUGUGUUUUAUGUUCUUUUAUUCAUCCUUUUUACUGCUUCCUGUUUGCUUCAAAUUUUUUAUUUGAUUGUUUUGUUGUGAAUUGUGUUGCGAUUUGAAAUGGACUUUAAAUUCAAGGAGCAGUGCAGUUAAACAUGUGAUUGGACAUUACAGUAUUUUGUUUACGUUGUUGACAAAAAAUGACAAUCCAUUUUAAAACACAAUAAAACGUGGGGAAAAUCUA